AUGGAAACGUGGUUGGAGAGCGAAUUUACUGACCGGAAGGUCCGUGGUUCGAACCCGACCUCUGCCUCUCGGCUUCCCCUGUCUAGACUUGGGCAACCUGGCAGUAUCCCAGUCCUCGUGCCUCCUUCGUGUGGCACGGCAGCUAGGCACCGAAAGGAUGCUACAGGUGAACGAUUUUUUUCGUUACCCAUAGAUCAUCGUUAUGGGGGGGGGACGGCAGUACCAUCAGAGUACGUACUGAAUAGCGGGCUUCACGAAGAGAUGGUUCUUAGUUGGAUCCACAACCUUUCACUAGGACAGUUCGAUUCUUGUCCAUGGAUGCAAUCGCUUCGUUUACGUUGUGCGCGUUUGGAUACGUGGUCAAGAUUUUCCAAAACGUUGUCUUUUGUCUAUCGAUUCACUGUAGCGCCCUUUCGGUGCCUAGCCGCCAUGCCACCCGAAGGAAGCACAAGGGCUGGGAUACUGUCCGGUUGCCCAAGCCUAGACAGGGGAAGUCGAGUGGCGGAGGUCGGGUUCGAACCACGGACCUUUCGGUCAGUAAAUUCGCGCUCUAACCACUUGAGCCAUCUCGCCCCCUAG